UGAUGUUUCGGGAAGAUGAGAAUAUAGAAGAAGAGGAAGAAGAUCGAGGAAGAGUUCGAGAGUGUUUCGGUGAAAGGUAUAGAUUCGAAGAAGUGUUGAAUCGCGGUAAAUAAGAAUGACAGUACUAAGGAUGACCUCCCCGGUGACGCCUCCAUCGAGCAGUCCAGGUUCCAACGAGGCCCAGGCGCCCCAGGCGAUUUCGAAACCGGUGCAUCGAUUGAGCUUCUCCGUCGCUGCCCUGUUGGCAGACACUAAAAAGUCGGACACAAGCAGACAGGAAACGUCCUCCGUCUCUCCAAGAUCAUCUCCCCUCGCGCCUUACUCCCCUGUCAAACACGAUCAACUGUCUAUCACGACGUCGAACACCGUUCUACAGAAGUAUCCAGGUGAAUACAGAUCGAGAUACGUCCCGUCGAUGUCUCCCACCGCCCAAGAGCACAGAUCGGGCCAGUACACCUGUGACGCCCCCAGAACCACUCUAGACGCAAGGACGUUGACCAGACUUCCGGAAAUCGAGGUCGACAGGGUGGAAUCCCCUCGCUCCAGAGCCCUGGACUACAUAGUUCAAACGUCCACGGAAAGUGGUUCCACGUCGGAAGUGACAGCCCGUUCCUCGUCCCCCAAAGUAUCCACGCACAACAACCAUCCAGAAUUUGGUUCCCAAUCGCCGAGAAGUAGCUCGCACGAGGGCAGGUCCAGGUGUUCAGAACCCGAGGACAUCGAGGAGGAGGACGAGAAUAGUUUGGUCGACGUGGAGGAGUUGCAACACCAUCAUCAUCAUCAUCAUCAUCAUCGUCGUCAUCAUCAUCACGAUGAUCAGGGGAGCAGCCCGACGCCGGUGAGACCAACGCCGGCAUACAUCGGGGGAUUCUCCGGUUUGGGGGGGAUCUCUGGCAUUCCAACGGGGCUCCAGAACGGGGAGCCGGCCAAGAUCAAGUGCAACCUGAGGAAACACAAGCCGAACCGGAAGCCGAGGACGCCUUUCACCACGCAACAAUUGCUCGCGCUCGAGAAGAAGUUCACGGAAAGGCAAUACCUCAGCGUUGCGGAGAGGGCCGAAUUCUCGUCCUCCCUUCACCUCACCGAGACCCAGGUGAAGAUCUGGUUUCAAAAUCGUCGCGCCAAGGCGAAGCGCAUGCAGGAAGCGGAAAUCGAGAAGUUGCGGAUGUCGGCGGUCAGGCAGCACCACACCACGCUUUACGGCUCUCAUCCGGGCCUUUUGACGCCUGCAAGCCUCUACCCGGUCGGAAUGCUGUCUCAUCCAGGCCUGACGCCGCAUCACCCGAUCUCCCAGCAUCCAUCCAGGGAAUGAGAGGGGCGCGGGGGGUCCAAGUUGGUGACGACGAGUCAGAAUCGAUAGUGAAU